UCCGUAUUGACAAAGUCGCUGUGUUGGGACUGAAGGAGGCAAGGGCACCAGCAGGAAGAGAAUUAUAGGUCACUGUAGUGAAUGUGAUGAGAGAUGAUGGUGAGGAAACACGUGAUGAAUACUGGAAUUCUGAAGAUAUUUAGAUUCUAGCAGGAUUUGCUGGUGGAUAAGGAAUAAGUGAGAAGAGUAAAGGAUGGCUCCAACGUUGUAUGAAAGAGAUGUAUGUAACUGCAGUUUUGUGAAAUUAUAAAUAUAACACCGAGGUAACGAAACUAACUCAAGAAGAAUGGAAGAAGACAGCCUGGAAGACUCAAACCUUUCUCCGAAAGUUUGGCAUUCUGAGAUGACAGUGUCAGUGACAGGCAAACCACCUAGUACCGUAGAAGAAGAAGGACUACCUAAAGAAACAGGUGUAGAAAUCAUCCCAGAAAUCCUAGAGCCACUCUCCCUUCCAGAUGUGCUGAGGGUCUCUGCAGUCCUGGAGGAUACCAUAGACCAGCUCUCUAUUUUAAAGUACAUCAUGCAGAUUCAGUGCGAACGAAGACAGAGCAUCAGCAUGAAAAGUGGAGAAAUGAAUCUAGAAGGAAAGAAUCUACACAAACUUCCAGUGGCCUCAACAAUCACAAAAAUACCUCGUCCAUUAAUAUCCAAAGAAGAACCCGAGUUGCCAGAAAUCAGACAAAGAGGCCAAUUUCCUGUGGAGUUUAACAAAAUGCAGGAUCUUAUCUUUAAAAAUCCUACAAGGCAGACCAUAAUGACUACGGAGACACUGAAGAAAAUGCAGAUUGAUAGAGAAGCUCUGCUCCGAACACAAAUCAUUCUCAUUUCUUCUAGGGAGGAAAAAGGAAGAAAACAGAUAAAAUCCCUUCAAAAACAGCUAAUUAAUGUCAAAAAAGAAUGGCAAUUUGAAGUACAGAGUCAGAAUGAAUAUAUUGCUAACCUCAAGGACCAACUGCAAGAGAUGAAAGCAAAAACCAAUUUGGAGAAUCGCUACAUGAAAAUCAAUACUGAGCUGCAGAUUGCCCAGACCCAGAAAAAGUGUAACAGAACAGAGGAACUCUUGCUGGAAGAGAUCGAGAAACUAAGGAUGAAAACGGAAGAAGAGACCCGGGUUCAUAUGGAGAUUGAAAUGUUCCUUAGAAAGGAGCAGCAGAAACUUGAGGAGAGGCUAGAGUUCUGGAUGGAGAAAUAUGAUAAGGACACAGAAAUGAAACAGAGUGAACUAAAUGCUCUCAAAGCUGCAAAGGCCAGUGACUUAGCACACCUUCAAGACCUCGCAAAGACGAUAAGAGAGUAUGAACAGGUCAUCAUUGAAGAUCGUAUAGAAAAGGAGAAGAGCAGGAAGAAGGCAGAACAGGAUCUCUUGGAAUUAAAGAGCGUCAUAAAGAUCCAGGCCUGGUGGCGAGGCACUAUGAUACGGAAGGAAAUUGGUGGUUUCAGGAUGCCUAAAGACAAAGUUGAUAGCAAGGAUUCAAAAGGAAAAGGCAAAGGCAAGGAUAAGAGAGGCAAGAAGUGACCGUUAUCUUCUGUCUUUUCCUCUGGCACUCUGGAGGUGGGAAGGGCGUGGAGAGAGUUAAGAACCGCCUCGUACCAUCACAGGUGACUCAUCUACAGGUUGUUUCCCAUGGAGAUGCUUCCAGGCGAAGCCUGCUGAUUUCACUCUCUGAUUUAGGAUUAUACCAUUGACUUAGGGCUUUCUCAUACCUUGCUGUAAAGAAAUUUCUGGUAGUCCUGUGAAGAUUCAUUCUUCUUGCUCUUUCUCAGCAGAACCAAGCAGUUCUUUGUCCUAGUACCAGUGAUGCAUUAAAACUUCAGUAAUUCCUGUAAUGUCUGAUUCUUUUACCCAAUUGUCUGUAGUGAAAAAAUUCUUAUGAGCAAAAGUAUUGAGUAGGAAUUAUAAAAUGAUGUUUAUUAGCUGUCCAGCAUAAUACAUACACAGUAAAGUUUUAAUAAAUGUUGGUUCCUGCCUGCCUUUUA